GGAGCACCUCGGAGCGCUCGAGCUUCGAGCAGUUGGCAGGCGUGCUAAGGCGUCCCGGAGGAGGGACCAGCGGCACCGGCGUUUACGCCUCGGAGCAGCCCCGUGCAAGCAAAUGGCGCGCCUUGCCCUUUGGGCCCUGGCAGCGGCGGCCGUCAUGCCGACAGCCGGUGGACACGCCACUGCACAGACUCCACUGGCGAAGGGGCAGCCGCGGGCCAGGCUCCCGCGCCGCCUCGAAGGGUAUUCAGCGCGCCGGCUCGCAGACGAGGACGAUUGGACCGACGGCCCAGCUGGCUUUUGCGAUGGCGACGAGGCCGAGCUGGGCGAGACGGCCUCGCGCGAGGAUUGCAUCGACACCUGCGACGACGCGGGAUACGAAGCCAUGACGUGGGACACAAUCAGCACGACGUGCUACUGCUUCAUAGAGGAGUGGUGCGACUGCAUCGACGAGUACGACGCGGAGGACGAGUGGUGCUGGUGCGGCGAGAAGGACGGGUUCGAGCCCGAAGAGAUGUCCGAGAGCGAGUGCGCCGCGGCGGGAUGUGAGUACGAGUCUGGUUCAGAAGACGGCGGGUGGACCGAGUGCAAUUGUGAGGAAGCCAUGUGCGCGUCGGCCGGGGGUGAGUGGCAGUGCGAGGCCUAUGGGCCGAUGGCUUUCAAGGGCUUCCCGCCGCCGGAGGUGUGCGGCUACAGCUCGUACUCAUACUCGUACUCGUACGACCCGUUCAUGCCCUGCCCCGACUUAGACAGCGCUUACCUGACGUGCGUGGAGACUGCGGACGACCCGGCGGCCGCGUCGGCCGGCCUCGGAUGGAGUUGCUGCGACAUCGGAACUUUCCCGACCACCUGUUCCGGCAUGCAAACGUACUCCGAGUUCCAGGACGCCUGCGGCGAUCCGGCCCCCGAGUGUGCCGCGGAAUGGACGGCCUACGUAGAAUGCGUGUACGCGGAAAUCCUCGACGAGAUCAAUAACGACCUUUACGGGACCGCUCCUCUGGAGUGCGACCUCAACUGCAACCCGUCCGACCCGACGCCGCGGCCCGUGGCGGCGCCGGCGCCGACGCCGCUCGACGCGGCGCUCAAGGGGUCCGACGCGGCGGCGGCGCGCGGCCCGUUUUUUGCCGCCACCGCGGCUCUUCUCGGCGCCGCGACGGCGCUCGCUCGCUAGCCCACCUCGGUCUACCACUCGGCGCCAAUUCAAGUCAACUGGCCCGUUCGUUAGCAUCCCCCCCGCCCUUGCCUGUACUAGGCUGUAGGCAGCACAUAAGUACAAGGCACCGUGA